UCUGUCUCCGCCGCGCUGAUUGGCCGAGGCCCCCAGCAGCCCCCCGCUCUGGAUCCCCCGGCCCCGGACACAGCGCGGGGAGGGACGCCCGGGACCCCGGCCAGGUACGGAGCGGCCAGCAGGGCCAUGGCGGCGGACGGUAGGAGCCGGGCUAGGCCCCAGGCCGGGGAGGGAGGCCGAGCUCAGGUGUGUUGAAUGAUUUGGGCAUAUGAUGGAUCUCGGCGGCGGAGGCAUAGAGCUGCAAACUCAAGAAUCCAAAAUGCCUCAUACAAUGAUUAUGCAGGAUUUUGUGACUGGGAUGACCGGCACAGCUCGUGUUGAUGGAGACCAUAUUGUGGUGUCUGUUCCUGAAGGUGUAUUAGUAUCUGAUGUUAUCACUGAUGAUGAAAUAACUUUGGAACAUGAACUAUCAGAUGAUGUUGUUCAAGGGCCUGACAUUAUUACAGAGGCAGAUGUUGUUACCGAAGGUGUUAUCAUUCCUGAGUCUAUGCUGGAAACAGAUGUUGCCAUUGAAGAGGCAUUAGAAGAUGCUGAUCAUGUUUUGGAAUCUGACAUCAUCACAGAAACAGUUGCUGUUCCUGACCAGGUGUUUGUGGCAGAUUUGGUCACAGAUGCUGAUGGACAACUCGAACAUGUGGUCCAGGGCUCUAUAUCUGACCCUCAUUCGCCCACUAUGGUUUCACAAGAGGUUCUGGUAGCAACUUGCGAUUCGGACACUAUUAUCCAAGCACCCAGCAUACAAGCCACUGGAUCCUCAGUUACCAUCAAAACAGAAGAUGAUGACGCGAAGGGCACUUCUGAAGAUUACCUAAUGAUCUCAUUAGAUGAUGUUGGGGACAGGUUAGAACACAUCAGCAGUGCUCCUCUGAAGAUCAGCACCGAGGUCUCACACAAUGACAUCUGUAAAGAAGAUGGGUUUGGUUCUGAAGUGAUUAAAGUUUACAUAUUCAAAGCAGAGGCCGACGAUGAUGUGGAAAUAGGGGGUACGGAGAUAGUUACAGAAAGUGACUUCCACAAUGGGCACACGGUAACUGGCGUCAUUGAGCAGAGUAGCCUUGGUCGAAUGCCAAGGGAAAAGAUGGUUUAUAUGGCAGUAAAAGACUCCUCUCAAGAAGAUGAAGAUAUUGGUUGUGCUGAAAUAGCUGAUGAAGUUUACAUGGAAGUUAUUGUUGGUGAAGAGGAGGCAUCUUCUCUUCCAGAAGGCCAGGCUGAAGAUCCCAACGCAAACAAAACAUUUGUUCCUGUGGCUUGGGCAGCGGCUUACGGAGAAGAAAUAGAUCUCCCAAGAAAGUAUGGAGAUUGGCAGGAAGCCGGAAGUAAUAUUGAAUCACGUUUGGAGAACAAGACUGGAGCAGCCACCCAGUACCUCCAGAUUUGCGAUAGCAUUGCCACCAACAGAGCACUUAAACAGAAAACAAAGAAAAGAAGAAGAGGGGACGCCAGGCAGUGGCAAACAGCUGUCAUAAUUGGUCCUGACGGCCAGCCGUUAACUGUGUAUCCUUGUCACAUAUGUGGGAAAAAAUUUAAGUCCAGAGGCUUUUUGAAAAGACAUAUGAAGAAUCAUCCAGAUCAUAUGAUCAAGAAAAAAUACCAGUGCACGGACUGCGAUUUUACCACCAACAAGAAAGUCAGCUUCCAUAACCACCUGGAGAGCCAUAAACUGAGCAAUAAGGUGGAGAAAUCACAUGAGUUUACAGAAUACACCAGGAGGUACCGCGAGGCGAGUCCCCUGAGCUCUAACAAGCUCAUUUUGAGAGACAAAGAAACCAAGCUUCACAAGUGCAAAUACUGUGACUAUGAAACCGCAGAGCAGGGUCUUCUAAACAGGCAUCUGCUUGCAGUCCACAGCAAGAACUUUCCUCACGUGUGUGUGGAAUGUGGGAAGGGUUUCCGGCAUCCGUCAGAGCUAAAGAAACACAUGCGGACGCACACUGGGGAGAAGCCAUAUUUGUGCCAUUUUUGUGAGUUCCGUUGUGCAGAUCAGUCUAACUUAAAAACUCAUAUUAAAAGUCGUCACGGUACAGAUUUGCCUUUUAAGUGCGAACAGUGCCCCCAAGCGUUUACAGACGAGAAGGAACUUCUGCGGCACACCGAACUUUUCCAGGGUCACAAAACUCACCAGUGUCCUCACUGCGACCACAAAAGUACAAACUCCAGUGACCUUAAGCGACACAUAAUAUCUGUCCACACAAAGGAUUUCCCUCACAAGUGCGAGGUGUGCGAGAAAGGGUUUCACCGUCCCUCGGAGCUCAAGAAGCACAGUGAAACGCACAAGGGCAAAAGAGUUCAUCAGUGCCGACACUGUGACUUUAAGACCUCCGAUCCUUUUAUCCUCAGUGGGCACAUUCUCUCCGUGCACACAAAAGACUUGCCUUUCAAGUGCAAAAAAUGCAAAAGAGGAUUUAGACUUCAGCCUGAAUUAAAAAAGCACAUGAAAACCCACAGUGGGAAGAAAGUUUACCAGUGCCAGUACUGUGAGUACAGCACUACAGACGCAUCUGGUUUUAAAAGGCACGUAAUCUCAAUACACACUAAAGACUACCCUCACAGGUGUGAGUUUUGCAAAAAGGGAUUCCGUAGGCCAUCCGAAAAAAAUCAGCAUAUAAUGAGGCAUCAUAAAGAGUCGAUCAUGUAAUUUUACAUAAUGUUCUGAAUAAUGUUGGCUUCAUAUCCCAUAAUGCGUAAUGCGGACAGCAGGGCUAGGUGUCUGUUGCUUCCUCUGUUAUGACUCUCCGAGGGUCAUGGGAGCUCAAUAGCUUAACCAUAGCUGUCAAUGAGUGCACCUGUUCCUGCACUCCGUUUCAUGACUCUCAAUCCAGUCCUUGGUGGGGCCUGUCUGAGGACACUAUGCCAUGAGUUCUAACCAGUCUAUAAGAGGUUUCUAGGAGAUCUCUUUGUGAGACAUACAAUUAAAUUCUAAGAAAUUCCUAACAAAUUUUUUUUUGGGAAAUAACAUAUUCCCUCCAGUUAUUGGAAAAGCUUCAUUAUUUUAGAACUCCACAACAAAUUUCAAUACAAAUGAUCAAAAUGAUGUAUUGGCAGUGCCAGGUAUUUAACCACCCCCAUUUAGCCUAAAUGCACACUAGGACCUUAACCAAUUUAUCAAUCUCGGAGUGUGUAGGUGAGAAUACAUAAUGUGGGAUGUGCUGUAGUGGUUAUGGUGUUAAGAGUGUGCGGGUGCCCCCUCCGGUAGUCAAAUCGUUUUAGAAGUGUUUAAAUUCUUACCAGGGGGUCCACUAGGUUCUGCUCCCUGCCUUGACUACUUCCAAUAGAGAGCAAAAAGCUUCUGCUAAGCCCAUGAUCUGAUUGCUCUCAGCCAGUGAACUUAAACUGGAACUUAGCUCGGACAGAGAGCUUCUGGCUCUCUGUUGGAAGUAGUGGAGACAAGGAGCAUGCGCUUAGCAGAACCCAUGUAAGAAGUCAAACCAUUCUCAAACAGCUUGACCAAAUACAGUAGGGAGCUUCAAGGCAUUUCAGGCACCAUAACCACCAUAGAACGCUAUCGUUUUCGUGGUGCUUGGAGUGUCCCUUUAAAUUUGUUUUUUCUUGGCAAGCAGAAGAAAUCCGCAAGGAGAAAAAAAACACAACUAGUUCCAUCAUCGCAGGAUCAGCCUGCUAGCGUGUCUAAAUAUCUCACAUUUAUUCACAAAGUCUGAUGUUUGCAGAUUAGUUCGAGUACGUAUCCCUGGUGAGAAUUUUUGAGCUGCUAAUUCAUGGGAUCACAAAAUGCAGUAUUAAACCCUAAUGACUUGUAACCCUAAGGUCAAUUCCUGUGAGUCGUUAAAGGUGCUAGACUGAAUGAAAUAAGACAUGUACAUAGAUUCCCUUUUUAUCUGGUAUCCGAGCUGAAUGUUGUUUGGUAAAACAUGUUUAUUGUAUGUAUGGAUCUAAUGCGCUUUUUAAAUAAAAGAAUUAUAGAUAGAUAUAAAAAUAUAUAUAUAUGGGACAAUAACAAUGACAAAUUAAGCACUUUUUCUGCCCUCACCUUGGCUACGGUGGGAAUUAAGCCAGGGAGGUCAUUUAAAUACUCCACAUAACGCCAUCAAGCUUAUUAUCCGUCUUACUCUUCCACUUAGUAGGCUAAUAAUGAAAUUAUUCGCUUUGACAUACACCUACGUCUAUAAAAUCGGAAAAAAAAUCUCUCAUCACCUUCUCCGUUCUGUGGAUUAUUUAUACAGUAUUUAAUCAGAAUAAAAUCCCACCUCUGCAAAGGGGACCUGUGGAUCUUCUGUUUACAGUGUAUACAUUAAGAUAUGCAUCCCUUUU